GGAAAAACAAGAACUUGUUGGUGGUUAGAUUCUUUUUGGCAUAUAUGGCAUUACAUGGCAUUACCACUGAUAUGGGUGUGCCGGUUUAGGGUUUAGGGUUUGGGUCACCGUGUGCCGGUCAGGACAUGUGGAUGACUCUUUGCUUGAUGCUAUUGGUCAUGGGCUCCGCCUUGUAUUUGGAACCCGUGGAGGGUGCCAUGAAAGACUUCGCCGCGGGCUUCUCAACGGCAGUGAUGGUGUGCAUUGGCAUGGCCAUGUUAAUGAUGGCCAUCGUGGCCACUGCCGCCUUAGUCCACCGCGCUGCCAUGGGGGGCGCCCAGGAGUAUUCCAUCUUCAACAUGGGCAAGGUGGCACCUGCCCCUUUGGUCUACCAACGCUUGAUCGCCCUCUCCGCCGAGCUCCAGAAACUGGAUGAGAGUUGGGUGCAGGGAAGGAUUGCCAGCAUGUCAGCCUUUGACAUUAGGCUCAUCACUGGCUGCAUCACCUUGCUGGCCAUUGAUUGCGUGCCCCACAAGGCGGAUGAGCUGAAGUUCAACUUCGCACGGGUGUCCGCGCAAUCCUUUGCCGUGCGGGGUAAGACACAGAAGAACAUCUAUAAGGAGAAUGUGCACCAGGUGCCAAGCGAGGAGAACGCCCUCAGCUCGGCGGCGGAGUUGGCCGCCGAGCUGGCCUUGGAUGCACCUGAGCUGGCGCCAGCGCCAGGAGUGGCUGAAGCUGCAAUCGUCGAAACGACCGAAGACAAUCGUCAAGCCGGGCCCUUCAAAAGCGGUUGGGUUUAGACGCUGCAAGUGAUGCCGCGCGGCCUAUUCUCUACGGGCAAGGGCCUGUAGCUGCGAGGCUGAGAGGGGGUCGAAGCUUAGGA